UGGAGAUAACCAUUCGGAGAAAAGACAGAGUCUCAACUCUGUCCAAAUGUAAGAAUGAAGAGAGAGAAUAUAUAUUGACCCAAUAAACCAUCAGGAAAAAUUUGGUAACCUUUUUUAUGCAGAGUAACCAUCACGUCCUUUUCCUCUCUUUUCUUCUUUCUGUUCUAAUUUCUUCAUCAUAGGAAACAGAAAAAAAAAAGCCAGAGGUUGUUUUUCCUUUUGAACAAACUUGUCAGGAUCAUUUUUUUGCGGGGGGAAAUUAAAGAUGAAGAAACAGAGAGAUAAGUUUGCAUGAAGGAUGAUGGAGAGAGUGCCAGGGGCGUUGGGAACAAGCGCCAGCUUGGCUCUUCGUUUGGGACAAACCAUUUUCUCCUCUGCUUCACUUCUCUUCAUGUGUUUGGAUGUUGAAUUCUAUAGCUACACUUCUUUUAGUUACUUGGUAACAGUCAUGGGUUUAGUAACUCCAUGGAGCGUUUCAUUAGCAUUGGUUGAUGCAUAUUCCGUGUUUGUUAAAUGCUUACCGCGACAUCCAAGGGUACUGCUGAUCCUCAUUGUGGGAGACUGGGCCUUGUCUUUUCUCUCACUAGCCGCGGCCUGCUCAACUGCUAGCGUUACCAGUCUCAUCGUCAGUAGUGCUGGCCCGUCAGGUUGCCCAUCAAGGUUAUGUAGUAGAUAUCAAUUGUCUGCGGCUAUGGCUUUCUUGUCCUGGUUCCUAUCAUUCGCUUCAACUCUCUUCAAUCUUUGGCUCCUUCCAUCUCUGUAACGUCCCCAUUUUUCACACACAGAAAACCCAGUAGGCAAAUCUUGACAGGUUUCUUAGGUACUCAAAAUUUGAGGAUUGUACAUUGACUGUAUGUCAUAUACAAACAACAAAAUCUCGAACGAUCGAAAUUGGAUUUCCAUGAUUUUGAAUAAAGGUUAAUGCCAAUUCACGUUUU